UGCCCUGUUAGGAUGGCAAACUUCAAUGAAAAGUGGGAGUCUCUCUUGUAUUCUACCGUGCAAUCGUUUCCCUGUGCAGUUGAUGAGUCAAGUGAGAGUUUAUACCUCCAAUGGUCAGAAAAAAGAUCUUGGAUCAGAAGAUACAAAUAGAUCAACCCCUGAAGAAACCCUGCAUAAAGCUGGAAUAGGACAAGAUAUGACCAAUGCAGGCCAAAAGCAGUCUUUCCUUAAAGAGCCAAUCCAAGUAAAAGUGAAAGCAGUCCUUAAAAAAAGAGAGUAUGGACCAAAAUACACACAGAAUAACUUCAUCACUGGAGUCAGAGCAAUAAAUGAGUUUUGUCUUAAAUCCAGUGAUUUAGACCAGCUGAGGAAAAUUAAACGACGAAGCCCCCAUGAUGACACUGAGACUUUCACUGUGUACCUGAGAUCGGAUGUAGAGGCAAAGUCUCUUGAAGUUUGGGGUAGUCCAGAGGCUCUUGCUAGAGAAAGAAAACGACGUAAAGAGGCAGAGAUCAAGUACAGAGAAAAUCUAUUUAGAAACCAAAGACUGUUGAGGGAAUACAAAGAGUUCUUUGGAAAUACUAAGCCACGCUCCAGUGCAGCAGCUAUGUUUUUCAAGGGACCAGGGAAGGUCGUAAUGGUAGCUAUUUGCAUAAAUGGGUUGAACUUUUUCUUUAAGCUACUUGCUUGGGUUUACACGGGUUCUGCAAGUAUGUUUUCAGAAGCCAUACAUUCUUUAGCAGACACAUGUAACCAGGCAUUGCUAGCUUUGGGCAUCAGUCAGUCUGCGAGGACGCCUGACCCUAGUCAUCCGUAUGGUUUCACAAACAUGCGCUAUAUUGCCUCCCUGAUUAGUGGGGUUGGCAUUUUCAUGAUGGGUGCAGGACUUUCUUGGUAUCAUGGGAUCAUAGGUUUACUUCACCCUCAUCCUAUAGAAUCUCUUGUCUGGGCAUACUGCAUUUUAGCAGGGUCAUUGGUAUCUGAAGGAGCUACCCUUCUUGUUGCUAUAAAUGAAAUUCGCAGGAGUGCUCGAGCCAAGGGUCUGUCAUUUUAUCAAUAUGUUGUGCAGAGUCGUGAUCCUAGUACAAAUGUGGUUUUACUGGAGGAUGCUGCAGCAGUUCUGAGUGUGGCCGUGGCUGCUACCUGCAUGGGUCUCACUUCUUUAACAGGAAACCCAUAUUAUGACAGCGUGGGGUCUCUAGGUGUAGGAACUUUGUUAGGAACUGUGUCGGCGUUUCUAAUCUACACUAACACUGAAGCCCUGCUGGGACGAUCCAUUCAACCCGAACAACUGCAGCGACUCACUGAGUUACUGGAAAGUGAUCCUGUAGUAAGAGCAAUUCAUGAUGUUAAAGCCACAGACAUGGGAAUGAGCAAAGUGAGAUUCAAGGCAGAAGUAGACUUUGAUGGACGGGUUGUUACUCGUUCUUACCUGGAAAAACAAGACAUUGAACAGCUGCUACAAGAAAUUCAACAAGUAAAAACCCUUGAAGAAUUAGAAGCCUUCAUGCUUAAGCAUGGUGAGAAUAUCAUUGACACACUGGGAGCUGAAGUAGACAGACUUGAGAAAGACCUAAAGCAACGAAAUCCUGAUGUUCGUCAUGUGGAUUUGGAGAUACUAUAGGCUCAGCAGAAGAAAUCUUCAGGUUGCUACCAUUUGGGAAAGAAGUCAUGUAAAGGGCUGAAAAAGCUUUUGGAAUUGCAGUGACCUCAGCACCAUACCUCGCUUACUUUUGCUGUAGGCUUCCUGGACUGUUAGCACUCUUUCUGUUUUUGGAAGAGCUCUAGACUCGCAGACAAAAAUUUCCAUGGCAAAAUCAAUUUUAAAAAGCUGCUUGACUUAAAAUUCCACAGGAGAGUCUGUUGGAGUGUAUUUACUGCAAUCCAGAACUUAAGACUUGAGGUUUAGUUAAGCAAAUAUAGCUGCCUGAAAAUAUACAACACUUAGUUUUCCAUUUGUGUCCCUUUGCAGCCAGUUUGCACUUCUUUAGUUUCUUUCAAGAUAUCAUUCAAGGUUCUUGGGAGAUAUUAAGAUUAGCUAGGAAGAGUUUGUUCCAGUGGAACCUGCCAACCUUAAACUAAUUGUAAUAUUUCAACUGUGUGAUUGUUUCACAGUUUUUCUUUUCUAUGAGAUAAAUUCUUUCAAAUAGGCACUGGCCUCUCAAGUACCAUGACCUGGAAACCUGCUUUUUGCCACCGUUGUGAUUACCAGCUGCACUUCAGAAAAAUAAGGUUUUUCUCCUCAGUGGCGUCAGCUGUUUGUGGUUAGCCAGAGUAUGUUAUGUUACUGUGAAGAAGUUGCUGUGUAGAGAUUUCAGUGAACUUCCUCUGUUUGAACUUUGUUCUUUUUUCCUACUUUGACACUUGUUCUCUUAUUUGUAAGUAUCUUCAGAUGUAAUCUGAGAGAUAUGGUAGUGCUUAUUAAAAGUUAUCUGGCAUUUUUGGCUUUUUAUACUUCUAAUAGGCUGCUAUUGCCAGACAGGGUCUUUAUUAGAAGGUGUAUGAAAUAUAGUUGGAAGUUACAAUAGUCAAAAAUGUAUUAGAACUAUUUAUAAUUAAACAAAUGAAUACAUUGUAUUUCUAAUUUAUUUACCUCUAGGCAUUAUCUGUUACCAGAAUUCUAAACCGCUUACUUUGUGUUUUUUAAGAAUUGACCUUGCUUGUCUGGGAAAGUAAAAUAAUUUUAUUAGUGGUUCUCCACAAUCCUGAGAUAAAUCCUCCGAGUUUAUAACUUUGAAUUCUAUUUUUGUUCAACUUUAUCUUUGAGUUCAAUUCUAGCACCAUGUAUAAUCAGCCUUAAGACUUUCUGCAAUAGGCACCCAAAUUGCACUGGAUUCUUUGAGACCUAGUCUUUAUUAGUAAGGCCGUGAGUACUGAUCAUGCAAGUUGACUUAUAAGUGAAAUAACUGCAUAUAAAUAACUUUGAGGAAAAUCUUUUAUGCACUUUAACAAAUUUCAGUAAAAUGAGAAUUGCUUAUGGGUGAGAGGUGGUAAUAAGACCUUCUUAGUGACUCAGUUGCUGAGUAAUGAUUGACUUGCUGAAAGAAGAAAUGUUGAUAUGAAACACAAGUCCUCAAAAAUCAAUUUAAGAUCAAAUUAUAAGUAUUGCAGGAAAUAAUAAUGGUGGAGACUCAUAUGUUCGGAGUUGACAAAAAGCUUUUUAGAAUUUUUUUUUUCAUACUUUGUCACUUACCAGUGAGUUAGGAGAAUUUAAAAUAGCAUGCCUUUUGACAACUGCAAAGUACUUGCAUGCUGGUCAUUUUAAAUAGAAAAACAUUCCAGAAUUUAGUUACAGACAAGAUUUCACAUACAGUAAUUGGGUGAAGGGGUCUCUUUAGUACCCUUGUCCAUAAUCCCAGUUCACCAGUGGUUUCUUUAUAGCGUUUUAGUUUAUUAUGGCUAAUCCAAAAGAAGGCUUACUUUAUCUGGUUUUCUUUGAUUGUAGAACUAGUUAGUAUAUUUAAGUCUAAUGAUUUGAAAUGCAGUUUAAAGGUAAUUUGGAAGUGUUUAUUGAGUAAAUAAGGUAUAUUUUAGCACAUUAUAAGUUACUUAUCUUUCACCUCACACUUCCAUGUAAACUUCAUCUCAUCUCAGUAUGCACUCUGCUGAUGUUAGUCUUAUUCAUGAAGAGCACUGGAAACUGAUGAUGCAUAACCUUUUUCCUUCUUCCUAGAAUAUUUAUAUAGAUUUUGAAUUUGGGUGAACACUAUAAUAAACCCGUUAUUUCAGAAAUCUUAAAACCUGAAAAGAAAUAAAACUGGAAAAAAGUUCUUAUUGGGGAGGUUGGUGGAGACAGUCAGUGUGAAUGAGUAGUGUUAGGAUACACUUUGCAGGGCAGAAAUUUCACUGAGAGGUUAGUAAAUGUUAUCUCAAUACUGAAGUGUUCCCAUAUCUUGUUUGAGGGGAAGCAUAAGUUUAUAUUCUUACAGGGCAUCUGCUCCAAAAGCCUAUGAAAAUGUUUUCAUAUUCAUCAGAGAUGUAAUUUGCAUGAAUUCUGAUCUUAAUUUCCUUAUCUGAGUCAGAAGCAUCCCAUCCACACACCUUUUGUUUGUAUUCCAAGAUAAAAUUCAGAUCCUUGUCUCCCAGUUAUGUUAUUGGUUGUAGCAUCACAAUGUUAAAUUUAAGAAGCCAGAACUUGAAUGGGUUUUGGUACAGAACAGUUGCAUAGUUUGAGGACCCAGUUCCAUUUUUACAAAUGAUGUGGAUGGUAAUGUACCACAAAAAGGCAGGCAGACUGGUUUUGGCGGUACCAUGUCCGUUUACAUGUCUUGCAGUUGGAUGAAAAUAUGGAUUCAUUGAGCCUGCCAGGUUGGAAAGGAAAAGUAAUUCCAAGCUGUUACAUUUUAAUGUACAUUAUAACUUUAAAAUGGUUUUUAACAGUUUUGACAUUUUUACUGCUUUUUUUUCUUAACUGUCUUCAUGGUCUAAAACUUGAGGUGACAUGGGUCCAGUACUUAGUUUACUUUUGGUUUAGUGUUUUCGGGGAAAAUGUUUAGUUAAUACAUUUAUGUGAGAGAAUCCUCAGAAUGAAAGAAAACUUACAAAGUGUGGAGGAGUGGAUUUUUUCUUUAUCACAAAUGAAAUUAUAUAAUGUUUCUUUUAGAUUGAUUUUAAGGAAAAGGAGUGAGAAUUUAGCUAAAAAUAAAGUUAUGUUCUAGGAUUUUUCAAUAAGGUUUGGUCUUUAAAAUUAUUCUUAUAGACUGGCCUUGCAGGUUCUGUUUUUUCAGAUUGCUUUCAAAGCACUGCUGUCCUCUGCUUCUUGAGAGAUUGUUUAUGUGGUGCACAAUCUCUCAUAAUUCUGUAAAACUUGUGAUGUUUGAAAAAAAUGUCUUAGUGUUCCAAUAUACUGAGUGAUCUUAAUGUAUUUGAAGUCAAAGUUGGCUGGACACUAAUAAUAUCUGUUUUCCUGUAGAAUUUGUUUUUCUAUAAGAGAUAAAAUCCUGAAUCCCCCAUGAUUCAAUUUCAAGUCUAAAUUGUUUCCUUUGUAUACUAUGGAAUUCAGUAUUAGAUGUGGUCCCCCUCUACCCCUCCACUUUCUAAAGCAUUUGUUAAGCAUAUUGUAGUAGUAAAUAUUUCAGUGGACUUCUGUAUUACAGAGACUGUUUGUUGUGUGUUCUGGUCUAGAAGUAGCAGGGACUCAGGGAACAGAAGAACAUAUUUUUUUAAGGACAAGUUGCAUCAUUUAUUCUCUGUGACUCAUACUAAAACUGGAGGGUUUUUAGCCUCUGCUUUUCUCCUUCUUCAAAUUCCCACACAGAUUUUUUUUUUUCUUAACUCUUAGAGAAGGAAGCCAUUAUGAGCAUCUUAUGAUUUUAAUAGCAGGGCUAUAUACUAUUCUUGGUCUCUGGAUUUUGUACUGUACUUCUUGUUCAUUAAUAGUUGACAACAGUGAUUGCUGUUUUGAAAGCUACAAAUUAUGUUAGCCAAAGCUACCAUGUUUUCUGAUUUUGGUAGGUGCAGUUUUUUUCAGCUAUAUCCAGAGACUCAGUUUUUAUUGACAGAUCUUUCCUGGCUUCCUUUUGAUAAGGGGGAAUACAGGGUAGAGUUUUAGGUAUGUUUUGUUUAGAUAAUACACUGAUUGCAAUUCAGUGUUCUCCUUACUUGUUAUCAUUUUAGCUGACCUCUUUUUUCCUUAACAAAGGAAGAAGGUACUUCUGGAAGUACCUCUGCUAAUGAUGAGUGCAUCGAAUACAGGCUUCCUGCAAAGUUUUUAGGCUUUUAUAUAUUGAAAAUGUGGCAAUUUAAAAAAAAUUCUAAAGUAAUCCUUUUUUUAAAGCUGAUUUAGAUGUGUUUCUUACAAAAGAAUCCACAGAGGCAUAUUGUUUAAGAUUUGAAAGUAUUUCAUUUUAUGGUCAUAUGUUCUUAAGAGAAUUUGGUUUGGUAGAAUAGAACAAUCGAUUAAUGUUGACUUCUGUGCAAAACCUGAACUUCUGUGCAUGCCUUAAGGCUUACACUGCAGAAGGGAAUAUAAAAUGACAAUGUACUUUCUUUUUUUUCUAUCCUAAGUAUUGUGCUGCUUCUGUUCUUAUUGUUAGCUUUGAAUAGAGAGUACAACUAACAUCUCGUUUGCAGUUUACCUGCUUAAUAUAAGUGAGAUGUUGAGGUGUACCAAAAAAGAUUUUUUCUUUUGUAGAAGGGUUGCAUAGCUUAAGUAAUUUUUCCUUUCUUGUUAGUGAGACACAAAUAAUUAAGAACAAAAGUAGACUAUAUCCUUAUUACAUAGUAAAAGAAAUAGGAAUCCAGGCUUUAAAGGACAGUAAUCAGAUUCUUGAAAUGCAUUGUCCUUUGAGGAAAAUAAAAUGUGUCAGGAGCUCUAAGUGGUUGUAUGGACUAUAGAAGCUGCAGUCAAUCAGGCUUUGCUGAAGCAAAAGAAAAGAAACUAUAACAAAGUGUGUGGUAAAAAGAAAAGAAUACGAGGAAGGAGAAAAACCCUGAGGUGUUGAGCACUUGGGAAUAGGAAAAGAUGAACACAGUCUAAAAAACGUGUCCAGAAACAAGAAAUUACGAUUGGAGAGGAAAACAACAGUAAGAAGUUGUUUGAUUAGGAUGCAUAAAACUAUGUAGUAUGAUAUUCUCUUAGCAAUAUUCAGAUAUUUGGGUGAUUUCUCCUCCACAGCCACAGUGAAAACUCAUCUCUUUUUUUUUUUUUUUUUUUUUUUUUCCUGUGAUGAAAAUCAGUGCCUCCGUUUUAUCUGUUUCCUUAUAUGGUAUUCAGUCUCGCAGGUAUAAACCUAUUUCCCUUCUGAAAUCUUAUUGCUAAGGCUGAUGGUAUAAUCUCGGUCUGGACCUUUGUUGGUGAGGUAUGUAUUUGGUGAGUGGAGGGUGAGUAAUUUUAAUUGUGUAAUGAGAACUGGAGUGAAUUAAAGAGGAAAUAAAUUGAUUCAGGCAGAAAAUGACUGAAGCAGUCAUGAUUCAGGCAGAAAAUGACUGAAGAGGCAGAAAAUGACUGGAGAUGUUAUGAAAAAAGAAAAAAGGCACAGUAUUCUAAGGUCUACAGAAUUCUUGCAGUGAACUGUAAUGGGUGAAUAUGUUAGUCCAUAUUUUUCAAGUUGCUUAAAUAUCUGUGGAUAAGCAAGAUUUCUAGUUAAAUCAUCACAUUCUGAGAAGGAAAACAUUCAAAACGUAAUGUGAAAAGGAUGUACGUUUUAAAAAUACCACAGACAGCUACUAUAAGAUGAUAGUAGAUAGGCAGAAAAUUGUUGUUCUAUCCUCUAUUACAUGAAGCUCUUGAGGACAAUUUAUUUUUUCUGUGUAAAUCAAAGCUGCCAAUUAAAAGGGCUUGGUUACUUUUUAUCAGUGUUACACUAAUAGUAAGCCUGGUCAGAUUUCUGUAUUGCCAGUGUUCAUAGUGCUGUUGUGGGGAGAAGGUGCCUGUUAAAGUACUGGAAUAUAGCUCCACACUCCAGAAUACAUUUGAUUUUUGUAACCUAAAUUUAGACUGUAUUUAAAAUUUUUGAGGUUGUGAUCAGCUGCUUCAAAUCUGAGGACAAGAAAAAAAAAUGCAGUGUUGUAUAAAUGAUGUAAUACAAACUUUUUUUGGUAAGUUUCUCUUCAAAUUAAAGAUGCUGAAGAACUGUGUGAGAAGAAGUAGUGGUGUUUGAAAAAUUCCAGAAGCACUUGGAAAGCAUUUUGGCUAUUGACAAAAUUGCAUUAAAUCUGAAAGUCAGUGGUGAAGAUUUUCACCGGUGGUACAGUUUUCAAAGGGCAAUCUCAAAGUUGAAAUGUGUUUUUUUUCCAUGCAGCCUUUUAACCAAAUAUAUUCCCUGCCCCCCAUCCCCCCACCAUACCUUUUCAUGUAUUUGAUUUUCAUUCUCUGUCUUGGUUACUUCAUAUUAGUGUGGGGAAUUAAUUUUUAUUUGUGAGGUGCAGACAUUUAAAUAUUUCUAUGCAUAUGUUCUUUCUUUUGUAAUAAUACUUUAAUUCAGUACGUCUUGUAAAAUGUCUGGAAGUUGUAAUUACUCAGUAAAAUGUUACAUAGCCGGUAAA